GAAUUGUUAGGUUUGGAACAGCAUCUCUUCAGUGUGAUGGAGGACAUCUGUAAACUAGUGGAUUCGAUCCCAAUACAUGAGCUUCAGUCUUUGUCUUGUGGGAAUGACCUUCUUCAGCAGAGAAAUCUCAGGAGAGAACUGUUAGCUAACCAUAUUGAUUCAAAUGCAAACAAAAGUGAUUUAGGUUUGGUCUUUGCCUCAAACUGGAAAUCCCAUCCUGGGCAUGUUACCUCUAUGGAUGACAGCAUUCCUGUUCAGUCAGGUCAAAAGUAUAGCUUAAACUCUGAAGGAAACUCAUUCAAAUUUACACAAGUUCCCUCUAAACUUUCUGUUGCCGUUGAAUGUCAAGGAAACCUUAACAUGAGCACCUUCUCUACUACAAAACUUCAAACCCUAGAUACCUCUGGUGCAUCAGAUUUUUCACAGUAUGCUGCCCUGGACACCAACAUCACAAAAAAUGCAGGACUUUCUUUUUCCAAGAUGGAUGUCAAAGAAAGAACAUCACUUAGUUUUCACUCUGAGAUAUCCUCUUUCAACAGUAGCUUGUGUGAAAAACCAAGAAUGGAAAAGGAUGGAAGCUGCCUCGUUUCAGAGAUGCCUGUAACAAGCACUACUUUGAAAGUUGAAAAUAAAAGUUCUUCUAGUCUUAAUAAUGGAGGAGGAGAUGACAGUUUAGGAGCAAGGGACAUAGACUUUGAUCUUGAUAAUUUUGUUCUUGAUGAUGAUUUUGAUGAGAGGUGGGAUAACCCACGCUUUGUUUCAGGAGAUGAAGAGACAUCUACACCACUAUACCAACCUAUCAGGGAAGGUCAGCCUGCUAAAUCAUUAUUGAAGUCAUUUUCGACAGUCAAGGAAACUAGCCCUAUAUAUAAUCCUGUUCCAAAACCAAACAUCUUGGUGUCAGCCAAGAGCUGCUCAGGCUUUCCUUUUCUGCUAGACCCACUGCUGAAAAAAUCACCAUCCAAAAAUCCAGCACUAGCACGCUUCAGAGGCUGUACGUUUUCCCAUUCUAAUGACAUGAUGAAGAUAUUUCACAAAAAAUUUGGUCUGCACCAUUUUCGAACAAAUCAGCUGGAGGCCAUAAAUGCUUCUCUGCUGGGUGAAGAUUGUUUUAUCUUAAUGCCCACUGGUGGUGGUAAAAGUCUGUGCUACCAACUACCAGCCUGUUUAUCCUCUGGGGUCACUAUUGUAAUUUCUCCACUGAGGUCAUUGAUAUUAGAUCAAGUUGAGAAGCUAAUGACGUUGGAUAUUUCUGCUACUUAUCUGACUGGUGAUAGGACUGAUACUGAGGCAUCAAAAAUCUAUAUACAGCUGUCAAAAAAAGAUCCCCAAAUAAAACUUCUCUAUGUUACUCCAGAGAAGGUUUGUUCAAGUGGCAGACUGAUUUCAGCCCUGAAAAAUCUGUAUGAGAGGGACCUAUUGGCACGUUUCGUUAUUGAUGAAGCACACUGUGUCAGUCAGUGGGGCCAUGAUUUUCGUCAAGAUUAUAAACGGCUGAACAUGCUUCGCCAGAAGUUUCCCUCUGUUCCUAUGAUGGCUCUUACUGCUACUGCUAAUCCCAGAGUACAAAAGGAUAUUCUGAAUCAACUUGAAAUGCUAAAACCACAGGUGUUUACUAUGAGCUUUAACAGGCAUAACUUGAAAUAUGAUGUAUUGCCCAAAAAGCCAAAAAGGGUGGCAUUGGACUGCUUGGAAUGGAUCAAAAAAUAUCAUCCAUAUGACUCUGGAAUAAUUUACUGCCUCUCGCGGCAGGACUGUAACAAAACUGCUGACAUUCUACAGGAAAAGGGUCUUGCUGCACUUGCCUAUCAUGCUGGCCUCAGUGACACUGUUAGAGAUCUUGUACAACGAAAAUGGAUUAAUCAGGAUGGGUGUCAGGUCAUAUGCGCAACAAUUGCUUUUGGCAUGGGAAUUGAUAAACCAGAUGUACGCUAUGUUAUUCAUGCAUCUCUCCCUAAAUCUAUGGAAGGUUAUUAUCAAGAAUCUGGCAGAGCUGGACGAGAUGGUGAAGUUUCUCACUGUUUGCUUUUCUACAGUUAUAGUGAUGUAACCAGGCUUAGAAGGCUAAUACAAAUGGAAAAAGAUGGAAACAGUCAAACAAGGAAAACCCACUUUGACAACCUUUACAGUAUGGUUCAUUACUGUGAGAAUGUACACGAAUGCCGGAGAAUACAGCUUUUGGCUUACUUUGGAGAAACUGGUUUUAAUCUUAACUUUUGUAAGGAACACCCAGAAGUAACUUGUGACAACUGCUGUCGAAAGAAGGAUUACAAAUCAAGAAAUGUGACGGAUGAAGUGAAAAGUAUAAUAAGAUUUGUUCAAGAGCACUGUGGACAAAUGGGGAGAAGAAAUUCAGGUUCUGGAAGGUAUACCUUGAACAUGAUGAUUGACAUUUUCUUGGGUACGAAAAGUGCUAGGAUUCAGUCCGGUAUAUUUGGGAAGGGAGCUGCCUACUCACGACAUAAUGUGGAAAGGCUGUUUAGAAAGCUGGUACUGGAUAAGAUUCUUGAGGAAGAAUUGUAUAUCACUGCUGCCGAGCAAGCAGUAGCAUAUGUAACGGUAGGAGAGAAAGCACAGGCUGUCCUAAAUGGAUAUCUACAGGUGGAGUUUUACGAAACUGAGAAUGCCAGCAGUAUUCGAAAGCAAAGGGCUUCAGUGACAAAAAUGUCACAGCGGGAAGAGAUAGUUAAGAAAUGUCUUGUGGAACUUACAGAUGUUUGCAAAACUCUUGGAAAAGUUUUUGAUGUCCAUUACUUCAAUAUUUUUAAUACUGCUACACUCAAGAGAAUAGCAGAAACUUUGUCUUCUGACUCAGAGGUUUUGCUUCAGAUUGAUGGUGUUACAGAAGACAAACUGGAAAAGUAUGGUGCAGAAAUAAUUCAAGUCAUGCAAAAGUACUCUGAAUGGACAUUGUCAGAAGACACUGACUCUUACCAAAAUGCGGGCACGGAUGCUGGAAAACGUGAGCAUGAGAUGGUAGAGGACACACAUACAACUUCUAGCUAUUUUUGCAAUAGCACAAACAAAGGGAAAAAGAGGAAAAGACUACCAUUCUUCAGAGAAUCCAAGAAGAAAAAAACAGGUGGUGGUAGCCAGCAGUCUCGUUCUAAGGGGGGUUAUAUCAACAACAAAAAGCUCUCUUCUAACACCAAAGUCCAGACAUCCUCAAGAUACAGUUCAACAUCUUAUAGCGCUACUACAGGCAUGCCAGGAACCAGUAGGAAACUGGGGAUUAUGGCACCACCAAAGCCUAAAAACAGACAAUUCCUUAAACCUUCCUAUUCACUAUUGUAACUACUAGAAUGUAAAUACUGUAUAAAGCUACAAGCUGUCAGCAUUUCCAUUAACUUCCAGUUUUUCAAAUGUAUUAAAGCUUUGAUAUCAUACAUCUGUAUAGUACAAAGUGUAUUUGUUUAAAUAAAUCCUUUUAGAUAA